ACAAUCAUCAUAAAUAUUCUUACCGGUAGAUUCGCGCAUGUUUUCUACCAUGCGAAUCUGCCGUGCGCAAACUCCAGACAUGCGAUUGCGGUUUGAGACAUGGCUGAUGAUUUAGGAGACGAGUGGUGGGCCCAGGAAGACAAUUCAGGUGUGUCAGAGGUAGAGGAGGACACAGAGCCACUUACAGAAGAACAACCGAUUAAAUCUACUUCAAAGAAAAGGAAGGGUGAAAAACAGAUUCAAGACAGCACCAAGAAAAAGAAGAGGAAGAAAACAGUUAAGAAAGAAUGUUUCAUCACACAGGAGAGAUCAGAAGAAAAGGGUGAUAAGGAGUCCAACAAAAGCAAGAAGAGAAGAAAGAAGAAGAAAACUAUCACAGAUGUCCUGAUGAGCGCCGAGCCUGCGCCGGGCACUCCAGCUGACCUUAUGAGCCUUCUGAAGAAUCACUACAGCCAGACGCGCUCUGUUAUUGAGCAGGAAGAGCUGACGCUUAAUGACUCUUGUUUCCUCAGCAGUAAUGACCUUACACAUAGCUUGUCUUCUUACCUCAAAGAAGUUUGUCCAAAGUGGGCUAAAAUCCAGAAGCAGCACACCCAGACCCGGUCAGUGGUGUUGCUCAUCGUUUGCGGAUCCGCACUCAGAGCCAUUGAUGUCAUUAAGCAGCUGAUGGCAUUUAAAGGUCAAGCUAAAGUGCUAAAGCUGUUCGCGAAACACAUCAAAGUGGAUGACCAGAUAAAGUCGUUGAGUAAAGGUGUGACACAUAUUGCCGCUGGAACUCCUGGGAGAAUUUGUGCCUUGUUAGAGAAAGAGGGUUUGACUGUACAAGGACUGAAGUAUCUGGUACUGGACUGGAACUAUCGAGACCAGAAGCUCAGGAGAAUGGUGGAUAUACCAGAGGUGAAAGGAGACUUACUGAAAAUGAUGGACUGUGGUCUAAUUCAGAGCUGCCGGGAAGGAACGUUUAAAAUAGGACUCUUUUGAACAGUCUGUUCUGUUAUUUACACGUUUAACAUGUAUUUUACAGAGCUAUUGUAAUGUAUUUGUGUCAUGUCUGCUGCAAGAGAAAAAAAUGUGUGAAUGUUUUUUUUUACAAUUAAAAAAAAUUCUGAUUGGACAAAAA